AUGUCCAUCCUGAACCUCGCCAUCAUGGUCAACGACACAGAAACUGUAGUACUCGUACUUGAAGAGGCUGCAGAAACCGCCGAACGAUCACCAAUAAGAGACACCGUGAUUCAAGACGCAACUCGCCCGCUAUGGACAAAAUGGUUCUCAUGGGCGAUAGGUAAGAACCGUCUCGAGAUCGCCAGACGAAUGCUGCGCGUGGCCGGUAUACCAAGCUACCUCAACCAAGAAGACAGAUAUCUGGACAAAUUGCUUCUCUUGGCCAUAGAGAGAUGUAGAGGAGCGGACAUGGCGACGCUCCUGCUCGAGCAUGGUGCAGACCCGGAGUUUUGUGAGAACGGCGAUACACCUCUUCAUCUUGCCGCGGGGGAAGGCAACAAGGAGAGGAGCAGGAUUCCGCUCAUGGAGGCGACCAGUCACAGGGACAUGGACACAAUCAAGCUCUUCCUCCAGUCGCCGCGCCUCAUCCUCAACCAGCGGGAUUACUGGGGUGAAAUCGCUCUUCACAAGAUCAUCUCAAAAGGAAGGCCUGAUAUUGCAGAGCUGAUGCUCACUUGGAAUGGCAUCGAAACCGAUCAGCGGGUUUUCAAGGGACACACGCCGCUGAUGGUGUGUCUCCUCAACAUGGCCGGGACCGCCGAUAUGAGUCCCUACCUCUCCCUGUUCAAGAAGCUGCUGAUGCGCGAGGGCAUUGAUGUGGAGAGUUUUCAGCGAGAUCAUGCGACCAUUGUAUCGGAGCGUCUUUGA